CUUUUUUCUUUCAUUUUUUAUUAAUAAAUACAAGGCACUAAAAUGGAACAGACAGUCCUCAGAAUAACAUGCGUCUUGGUGAUUAUCUGUCUCUUGGAUAAAAGGGUAGACUCCAAUGAAAUCUUGGGCCUGAAGCUCCCCAACAUCGACCCAAUCCUGAAUGCCAACACGGUGUGUCUCACACUGCCGGGUUUGACACGGCGCCAGCUGGAGGUGUGCAUGCGCAAUCCGGACGUGACGGCUUCAGCAAUCCAGGGAAUCCAGAUUGCCAUCCACGAGUGCCAGCACCAGUUUAGAGGGCACCGGUGGAACUGCUCCAGCCUGGAGACUAGGAACAAAAUACCCUACGACAGCAUAGUCUUUAAAAGAGGUUUCAGAGAGAGUGCCUUUGCGUAUGCGAUCGCCGCAGCCGGAGUGGUGCACGCAGUGGCCAACGCCUGCUCUAUGGGCAAGCUGAAGGCGUGCAGCUGCGAUGAGAAGCGGCGUGGAGACGAGGAAGCCUUCCGCAUCAAACUGCACCGUUUGCAACUGGAGGCCAUCCACCGGGGGAAGGGUAUGGUGCAUGGCGUCAUGGAGCACUUCCCCGCCGACCUGCCGGGACCCCAGGACUCCUGGGAGUGGGGCGGCUGCAGCCCCGAUGUGGAAUUCGGAGAGAAGUUCUCGAGGGACUUCUUGGAUGCCCGUGAAACCUACAAAGACAUCCAUGCCCGUAUGAGACUGCAUAAUAAUAGAGUUGGGAGACAGGUGGUGCUCGACCACAUGAGAAGGAAAUGCAAGUGCCACGGGACGUCGGGGAGCUGCCAGCUGAAGACCUGCUGGCAGGUCACCCCAGAGUUCCGGGUGGUGGGCUCAAUCCUCAAAGAGCGCUUCCACAUCGCCACGCUUAUCAAAGCCCACAACCGAAACACGGGACAGCUCGAGCAUCGGCGGCGGCCAAGCAUCAACGAGCUGGUCUACUUUGAAAAGUCGCCAGAUUUCUGCGAGCGGGACCUGGGGUCGGACUCGGCGGGCACGCAGGGUCGGAUCUGCAACAAGACCAGCCCCGGCAUGGACAACUGUGAGAGUCUGUGCUGCGGGAGAGGCCACAACAUCCUGCAGCAGACGCGGAGCGAACGCUGCAACUGCAAGUUUCAUUGGUGCUGCUAUGUGGUGUGCGAAGAGUGCAGGAUAACAGAGUGGGUCAGUGUCUGUAAAUGAAGAAACACACACUAAAAGACUGUAUACAAUAAAGAAAAUAAAGAAAAAGAGACUUUAAAAUGAGACCAUUGAUUUGAAAGGGGAAAUGACUGUAAUAUAUGUGCCCCCAUACCUUUUUGCGUUGGACUGCUGUUUUCCAGAAGAGCGAGGACGAGGAG